GCCUAAUUUUGCUUUACAAAUUAAGAUGUUAUUAUCACUGGCAUAUGUGCCAGUGGAUGACAUAAUCCAUGGAUUCGAGGUGCUGGUUGGUUCCGAAUUCUAUCAAGAAAGGCGGGAUAUUCUCCAACCUUUGAUAGAAUACUUCGAGGAGACAUGGAUAGGCAAAAUGAUAGCAAUGGAGAGGAGAUCCCCAUUGUUUAGUAUUUCAUUAUGGAAUUGCUAUGAUUCCACUCUGUUGCGAGCUCCAAAUACCAACAAUGCAGUAGAAGGUUGGCACCGGAGUUUUUCUUCCCAUAUAAGUUCCCAUCAUCCAACCAUUUGGAAAUUUAUCAAAACUCUCAAAGAUGAAGAUAGCCUUAAUUGCUAUAAAUUAGAGCAAUAUUCUUUGGGACUAUUGGCCCCACUCUCAAAGAAACAAUAUCGGGAAAGAGCUCAACGGGUAUAUAGAAUAGUCGAAGAUUACUAUUCAAGGCCCAUGUUAGAUUACCUAAGGGCAUUGUCUCACAAUAUUAAUUUAAAUGUUUAAAUUAUAUUUUUAAAUU